AUGGGGUACACAUGGAACAAUGAAUUCAAUCAGAAUGGGGUUUUGAUUGCUGUGUUGUGUUACGGUGGUCAUUUGGUAAUGACAGAUCAUUUGACUGCUGAUAACCUUCUCACCUUUCUUCUAUAUCAGAUACAACUGGGAGAGAAUAUUUAUUGGGCAGCUUUCGUGGUGGCUGGCAUCAUGGACUGCGUCGGUGCAUCAAGAAAAGUGAAUGUUUGA